AUGCGUAUCCGCACCCUGCACCCAACACCGCCGGCCGCCGCUGUCUCGCUCAUAGAUCGUCACUACACUCUCCAGUACGUGCUCUACCGCCAAGCAAGCUUCGAGCAAUGGCGGCGCCAUAUCAUCACUCACGGCCCUCCGCGCGCGCGCGACCACCGUUUCUUCCUCGCUGCUGCCGUGUUCCUGACCGCCGCCGCUUGCGCCGGCGUCGCGGAGGCACGGUACGGCGCUGGUCGGAGCACCCCGGUGGCGGCGAUCGUGAGCGAGGAGCUCUAUUCGUCUCUCUUCCCGCAUAGGGACGAUGCGAACUGCUCCAAGGGGUUCUACACCUACGCGUCUUUCAUCCGGGCUACCAGGAAGUUCCCCAAGUUCGGUGGCACCGGCGACCUCGUCACCCGCAAGCGCGAGAUCGCCGCCUUCCUCGCGCAGAUUUCCCAGGAGACGACGGGAGGCUGGGCGGCGGCGCCGGACGGCCCAUACAUGUGGGGUCUGUGUUUCAAGGAUGAGAUCAGCCCGCAGAGCAGCUACUGCGACGCCACCAACAAGCAGUGGCCGUGCUACCCCGGCAAGUCCUACAACGGCAGAGGACCCAUCCAACGCUCAUGGAACUACAACUACGGGCCUGCCGGGGAGGCCCUGGGCUUCGACGGGCUGCGGAACCCGGAGCGGGUGUCCACCUGCCCGGACACGGCGUUCCAGACGGCGCUGUGGUUCUGGAUGACGCCCAGGCAGCCCAGGCCGUUGAUGAUGUUGGUGACCAGCCCAAAGCCGGCGGUGCAUGCAUGGGUGUCGCCAGUUGUGGAUUGCAUAAAACUUAACAUCGAUGACGCUUUUAAUGAGCAUACAAGACAAGGAGGAUGGUGUUUUGUUGCACGAAACCACCAGGGAGUAGCAAGAGGGGCUGGUGCCGGGAGAAUCAUGUAUGCAGGGUCAACAUUGCAGACGGAAGCCACUGCGUGGGGUGAAAGAGACAUCCACAGUUGA